AUGGCGGGGGGAGGGGAAGGCCACAAGUGCGGGGAAGGGCCGCGAGCAAGGAGAGGGUCACUGAAGGAGGAGGAGGAGGCUGCUGCUUCCGAUGCUGAAAGUGUGGAAAGCUCUGAAGAGCGUGAGAGGGGCGGGGGCGGAGGGGAGGAGAUCGAGGAGGAAGACCCCGUGCAAGUUCAGCCGAAGGCUCAAGGAGACAUAUCUUCGACUGAGUCAUCAGCUGCAGUGAGUGAAGGAAAGAAGACGCCAACAAGACCUCACUGGACACUUGAAAAGGCAGGUACACUCGUGAGAUCAACCUUUCCAGUCGGAAAUCACACAUCGGAAAAACUAGAGAAAUCACCAACGAAAUCUCGCUGGGGUGUGGCAAUUGCAAACGUAAGAAAUGUCAUGAAAAUGACCGCAGGCUUCCGAUUCAGAAAUCACAGUACAUGCAAGAACUCGGACGACAUCAGAUUUUAUGUGGUGACUAAAGAUGGCCAUGGAACAACCAGUGAUCCCCUUAAGCUCCGAGAAAACUCCCAGAAAGCUCAAAUUCAAAGUGAAAUCUGGAAGUUCUUCCAACGUCUCAGUGAGAAGAAAUCUGAUGCUGGAGGCAGCGUUGAACAUGUUAUGCAAGAAUUGCAAAUCGUCAUCUCUCAAGAGCAAAUCAAAAGUCAAGAAAGGGAAAAACAAGAGCAACCAGGAAUUCACACGGAAACGCAUCCUAAGCAGGACCCACCUGAAGGAGCGAAUGACUCAGCACGACAUUCAGGAAAUUCCCACAGCAUGCCCAAACGUAUUCCGAUCGGUCCCAUGGGUGACUCCGUUGUCCACAUCGCUUUCCUCCUCGCCUAUGGUAGCAACAAUGAAGACUUUAUGGUGAAGUUGGCAAAGACGCUUGCUUCAAAGGAAGGUGGAUGUUACACCGAACAGCAGGUGCUGCUUGGCUAUGAAAGCGAGUUCCAACGUUGGAAGAAAGACGGCAAGUUUGCAGCCACUCGCGGCUUGUACACAGGUGAGACCAUCCUCCACAUAUGCAUCGCCAACGAGGAUAAGGAGACUGUGGAAUGGCUGCUUGAAAGAUACGCUACUGCACCGCCCAAACGAACGUCGAAGCCAUCAAACGAAGUCGCUCAGAGCGAGGGCAAAGAAGCGAAGGGCGAGGACGGAGAAGCGAAGGGCCAGGGCGAAGAAGCAAAGGGCCAGGUGAAGAGCAGCAGGACACAAGCUUGCUUUGGCGGUGUAUGUGGGAUGGUAAAGUGGAUCUUGUACCCGAAACCCAGCAGCGACCAUAACAAGUCCAAAGUCACAGAGAGUGAUCUCAUCCUACACCGGAGGGCGAUCGGAGACUUCUUCCUCCCUUCUCUCAUCAAGACCGACGUCGAUGUCUCCCGGCUCGGCUUGCUCAGAGCAUAUCUGACCGACGAGCCCAUUGGCACCGACGGGAAGCCUGUAGCCCUAUCGAAGCUCGAAGACAACGAGGACUCCUCCACCGGGUCUCACAAGUACUGGGGACAGUAUCCGCUCUCGUUUGCUGCCAGCACAGGCAACGAGGAUGUGUGCAAGGCCAUCCUUGACUUUGUCUACAGUCAGCUGGUCAGUCAUAAGGAAAGCAAGUGUGAUUGCUUGAAGACUAUGAAAGGCAGCGUCAAGUCGAUCUGUCUGAUGGUACAGCACGUGCUUGCUCCUGAAUGGCUCAACGAAGCUCAGAUAAACGCACAAGACUUGAAGAGCAUCUUGCAUGCCGCGGACGAGUACGGCAACACGGCUCUGCACAUAGCUACACUGCACGGACAUCACGAGGUCAUAUCGUGCUUGAUCGAGGCGGAAAAGCGUAUCGAUAACAUCCUGCGGGACAUGACUGGGGGCGACGGGAGCAAGACCUGUCGAAGCAGCAUGGGCGAGGCAGAGGAAGAGGCAGAGGAAGAGGCAGAGACGCUGCUGACCAUGCUGAACAAGGACGGCUACACCCCGCUUACGCUCGCAGCCCGGCAUGGGGACGUGGACACGUUCUACUUCAUCCUGGAGCGAUACAUGAAAACGAUUCUGUGGGCAUUCGGGUCGAAGCAGCGGACCAAGCUGAGACUGGACCAGAUCGACUCGUUCAGAAGGGAGAAAAAGAAGGAGAAGGAGAAGGAGCAGGAGCAGGAGCAGGAGCAGGAGCAGGAGAAGGAGGAGAAGGAGAAGGAGAAGGAGAAGCAGGAGGAGAAGGAGGAGGAGAAGAAGAAGAAGGAGAAGAAGAAGGAGAAGGAGAAGAAGAAGGAGAAGGAGAAAAAGCAGAAGCAGGAGCAGAAGGAGGUGAAGAAGGAGGUGAAGAAGGAGGUGAAGAAGGAGGAGGAGAAAGAGCCGGAAACAAAGAAGGAAGUGCAAACGACAAGCAAGGCAGCCCUGUCUCUACGCUGGUGGUGGCCGGCUGCGGUCGAGAAGACGCGCAUGCACUCGCACCCCAAGUGGAGGAGCGCUCUGCAAGUGAUAGUAGAGCAUGAGGUGGAGGAGUUUGUCAAUGAUCCCUUCAUCAACCGGCUCAUCGAGACCAAGUGGAAGCGCUUCGGUCGUCGCAUCUACUUGAUCGACACGGCCCUGCCUUUCUCCUUGUUCCUGGUCGCCUUCGUCGCGCUCCUCGUCCUCAAGGUGAAGCAGUGGGAUCAGAAGCAGCGAGGAGCUGAGCUACACUGGUGGACUCUUGCGCUGAACGUCUUGGUGAAGGCAUUGGGGGUAUGGCUCUUAUUUUUCGGCUGGAUCCAUCGACACCUCAAGCAGACCGACAGGAACCCCUCGGAGAGGAACAAGAGGAUGGAUUUCAAGAAGCUGCUGCAGAAGAAUAUCUCCUCCAUCCUCUCCAUCCUCACUGCCGUCUUGGUCUUCUGCAUCCCAAUCUACACUUCUACGGACACGGCUGCCGACGUGCUGCUGCUGGCGAUGUCGACGGUGCUGGUAUUCUCGCUGCUGCUUCACCUGCUGCUGCCGAUCAAGCGGGUGGGAACGAUCAUGAUCAUGAUCUACGACAUUCUCCUACAGGACGUGAGCCUCUACUGCGUCAUCUACGGGGUCACGCUGACCGGGUUCAGCCUCGCCUUGUACACCAUGCUGCAGACGGCAGACGUGCAGAAGCUGUACGAGGACAACAACAGCACGAGGUUCUUCAACUACCUCACGACCCCGGGGGCCAGCUUCCUCCAGCUGACCUGGAACUCUCUCGGAGACGACUACGUCUUCUCCACCCAGCUGCUCCUCGCGUCUGUCAACCCGACGCUCUCCUUCAUGCUGCUCAUCUCAUGGUCGAUCCUCUCGGAGCUGCUCCUCCUCAACCUGAUCAUCGCCAUGAUGAACCGCAGCUACGAGAUCGACUCGCACGACGUCCACAGGAUCUGGUUCUUCCCGUUCGCGGACCUGGUGCUUCGGCAUGAGCGGCGGAUGUUCAUCAAGAGCUGGAGGCUGUCGCGGUUCUUCAUGGGCGAUGUGUCCUUGUACAGGACGGGGAGCUCCUUCAAGACGUCCAACAAGUUCCUGGAGCCGGAGGAGCGGCUGUCGGCCACGUACUACGACAUCAGGACAGAGGACGUGAAGGGGGAGAGGAAGGGCUGGGAGGAGGCGAUGAGGACGAAGCGGCAGAUCAUUCGGACAUUGAAGAACGUCAUGAGAGCUGACAGGCAGUAG